UUGGUAUUUAAUCUAGAUUUGUAUCUCCCCUCCUUCAAAACCUCCAUCGACACAAUCCUCGAAACCCUCGCCUUCAUCAAAACCGAAGCCUACUCCCACUCUGCUAACACCCGGGACCUCCAAUCCCUCCUCUCCUCCGACCGCUACUCCUUCCUAUACGCCUACCUAGACACCUCCCCCGUAAUCACCACCACUCAAUCCCUCCUGACCGCUGCUCUAGCCCGCUUGACCGAGUCUCUCUCCCUCAUCGCCAAGAUCGAAGACCUCCUGGAAGAAAUCCGCAUGAUCUGCGGUCACGUGUUCCACGUGAAGCAGCAGAAGAUCCUCUUCGAAGUCUUCCUCCUUCUUGAAAAUGUUCUUGAGUGACCUUGUCAAGAAGCCUUCGGCUUCUUGAAGGGGUUCACUGAACAAGUUGCGACACUGAAGGGGUGACUGGAAGAAAUGGAGCAGCGGCUGAAGGCAGGUGGGUUCGUGUUCAGGGAUUUAGAAGAAAUUUGGAAUUUAUAGUGGGGAAAGGAGUGAAGAAGGAGAAUUUAUUCGUACUGGCUGAGAAGGAAGUGGAGAGGUUUUGUUAUGGGUAUGUGGAGAAGCAGCUGUAUUGGCAUCUGAGGUAUUACUGGGACUUGUUGACUGAGUGGAUGGAGGAUUUUCAAACGGAGAUUGCAGUGAAAGCGGGGUUUAUGGGCGUGGAUUGAUCAGAUGGCCUCCAUCCAGUGAAGAUACAGAAUUUGGUCAUGAAAGCGCUGAGUUAUCUAACGAUGAUGAGGACUAAUUACUUUGGUUUAAGGGAUAUGCUAAUUGAGAUUAUUGAUAAGAAAGGAAGAGGAGAAGGCAAGUUCUUGAGAGGCUUUGAAGAUGAUAAAGAAAAAGAGCUAGUCCUUUAUGCAAUCACUCUUGGAAUUCCUGAGAAUUAUAGUAAAGAACUAUGUGGUCUACUUCCAUUGUAUAAGGAAGUCAAAAUGUACAAGCAAGUUAGGUACUUAAAGUCUAUACGAGAAUUCAAGGAGCCACUUGGUGAUAUUUACGAAGGUACGAUAGAAGCGAGAAACUUCAUGGCUUUACUGAAAUCUUUUGAUUAAUAAUCCAAUUUUGGUCAAUAUUUGAGUAAUUUACU